GCAUACUAUACUGUAUACUCGGGUGUGGAGUAGCGUGUGUCUGUAGACUUCCCGGUAUAUCGAUCAUCUGCUCUUCCACUCAUCGUCUACCGACAGCGUGCAGUACACAGUGUAUACUGGGCCAGUAUGUAGUACACUAUUAUAGCACUCAUAUCUUAUGUCUAUGGUUUCACGCUUAUUUAAAAGCCCUUCCGGUUUCAAGUGUUUUGUCAUUACGCUGAGUUUAUUUUGUUUACGGAUGUGACGUGUAGCCAACUGUUUUGAAAGCAGAACGGGUUUCUUCAAUGUGAGAGGUCAGAUUUCUUUUUGAUAGCUCUUUUUUCACAGUGUAUGGAUAUCUCUCACUGUGCAACAGCAUUUGGUGAAAGUGCACCUCCGAUUUGCAUCGCGUGUGCAAUAAGCUAACAAAAUUCAUUGCAUAUUAAAGAAGCAAGAGAAAGUUAGUAUUCCAUGGUCAGUUAGUUCACAGGUGCUGAGUGCGCAAGUGAUUCGAUUCCAAACAAGAUCUUUAGGCUACCAUGACCGUUACCAGAUAGAGCUAAAACCUUACCGUCUGAAGAAUAUGAGGAAAUAUGAAGAUACCCAGUCGCGAGGGAUCAGCCUGUAGGCUUUGGUCUUGACUGGGCUGUGUCUAUUGACGUCUCCAUAAAUGAAACUAUGACAACAACAACUGUUACAACAUUGGCAUUCAUGUUUCAACACGUAUUGUUUUCGUCGACGACCCAUCCCAACCCUUUCCGGAAGGAAUAUCUCAUCGCAAACGUAUGCUACUGAAGACGACCGAUUAGACUGUAUGAUGCAACCCAAUUUGUCAACUAAACCGCAGCGUCUCAUUUGUUUAUUUUGAUUCUUCUAACUUUUUUACAUGCACCCAGGGGUCACCCAGGCAUGUUUUAGACCUGAUUGUUGCCAUCUCUGGAGGGAGAGCUUCGGGAAGUCCCGUAACAACCUGAAUUGAACCUGAUUGUUUGGUAAACGAUAUUUUCCUCGUAAGACCGGACCCGUCAGGUUUGACAUAUAGACUGAUUUGUCCGUUGCAGGCCUACUUCUGCAUAGGAUAGAUAUCAAGUAGCGCUUAAUGUGAUCACUACAAUUGAUUAAUGAGGUGUGGUGUAGGGCAAUAGAAAAAAACGUUUUGACCUGCUCAGCGAAAACACAGCGAACUUAUCAGUCGAUUCCCUGAGUUUUACACUGAUUUUUAGUAGGCCGUGAAUGAGUGGUCCCUGAAUAUUAAAUGCAGCAAACGUUUCUCGUUUUUUCAGAAAGAAACAUUGAUUCAAUCAUAAUGCCAAGAAGUCCUUUAGAAGGAACCACUAAGGCCACAAAGCUGUUACUAGUGCUGCUUUGCUGGACAGUACUGUGCAGUGCCAUGCCGGAUCCAAAUUACAGAGAACACUUGAUCAAGAUGGAGCAGUCCCAGCAAACAGGUGGCAGAGUGCUUCUCUCAAAGGCAGAGCAGCAACUCGGCGUGCUGUUACACAAACUGAAGCAGCAAGAAAUGGAAAGUUCAGAGUUUCCCCCAGCCAUGCAUUUCUUCAAGGCUAAACCCCUGAUAAGGAACAGCACCCUCUUCAGUUUAUUGCAGAAGAUGCCUAAAGGUGGAGCUCUUCAUGUCCAUGAUUUUGCCUUGGUGGAUGUGGACUGGCUGGUGAAGAAUGUUACAUACAGACAACAUUGCUAUGUUUGUUUUACUGAUGAUCAGUCAGUGCGGUUUAUUUUCGCUUCCUGUCAACCAAAACCUGUUCCUCAUUGCUCCGAAUGGAUGCUGCUUGAAACUAUGAGGGCCAAGAUUGACAAUUGUACUGAUUUGGACAACAGCUUCAUACGCAACCUAACACUCUACACUGACAACCCAGAGGCUGCAUAUCCUAAUCAAGAUGUUGUGUGGAAAAGAUUUGAGGAAACCUUCCUUGCGGCAUGGGGACUGGUCACAUAUGCUCCUGUUUUCAAAGAUUAUUUCUUUGAGGGUCUGAAACAGUUUAAUGCUGAUAAUGUCAUGUAUUUGGAGCUGCGGGCUUUGCUACCACAGACAUAUGAGCUGGAUGGAACCUUAAAUGACAGAGUUUGGACACUAAAAACGUAUCAAGAAGUAGUAAAACAGUUUGUGGCAGAACAUCCAGACUUUUUUGGAGCUCGGGUGAUUUUCACAGCCCAUAGAGGAUUAAAUGCAUCAGAGUUAAAAGAAGUCAUUAAGGAAGCAGUUCAACUACAGAGAGAGUUUCCUGAGAUUAUGGCUGGGUUUGAUUUAGUGGGGAGAGAGGACACUGGAAGACCUCUUUGGUACUACAGAGAAGCCUUGUCCUUACCAGCAGAACUGGGAGUCUCUAUGCCCUACUUCUUCCAUGCCGGGGAGACUGAUGUGCAAGGGACAGAUGUGGACCAGAACAUGCUAGAUGCCCUCCUUUUGAAUACCUCACGCAUUGGACACGGAUUUGCUUUAGUGCAUCAUCCAACUACCAAGGCCCUCUCCAGGAAAAUGGGGGUAGCAGUGGAGGUGUGUCCCAUAUCCAACCAGGUACUGAAGCUGGUGACAGACAUGCGGAACCACCCUGCUGCAGUUCUGAUGUCUGAGGGUCACCCCAUUGUGAUCAGCUCAGAUGACCCGGCCCUCUUUGGGGCAAGUGGUCUCUCAUAUGAUUUUUAUGAGGCAUUUGUGGGCAUUGCUGGAUUGAAAUCUGAUACAGGCACACUGAAAGAACUAGCAGUAAACUCUAUCAGGUACAGUUCCUUGUCCCCUAAGCUAAAAGAGGAAGCAUUGGUCAAAUGGCAAAAGAAGUGGGACAAGUUUGUGGUGGAGAAUUUACCAUAAAUAUUCACAGUAAAGGAAGACACAGAAAUGAAGCCGUUUUUUGUUUUUAAUUUUUUAUUUGAUUUUUGCCUUCAAAUGGACAUGGAAACUCCCAAAGUGUUUUCUAAUGGUAGUUGUUUACUCCUGGUGGGUGAUGCAUUUGUCAUUUUUCCUUUUAGUAAACGUUACAAAGUAAAAUGUUUACACAGUAGAGAUUGACAGGAAAUAAGCAUGUCAGAGAUUGGGUAGCCUAUGGGAAAUGGCCAGGAGUUGAACUUGGGUGCCUGUAGGUGCUGAGAACGAAUUUUAAUUUUGGAACACUGAUGAGAUGCUGGUACUAUUUGGCCAACAGUGUUUUUUAAGGACCGAUUUCUUUUAGGAAAAAUUAGAGAGGAUAUGACUGCUGAUGAUAUAUCCCAGUUUGAUGAAUAAAUGAACACGUCAUUAUGAAAA